AUGGGCAACUGUCUCUGCAGAGCUUCCGAAGAGGAAGAAUUGAAACAAACAGUUUUUCCUAAUCACGACAAGCCAAUGGGUUUCGUUCACGCUGCUCCUCAUCCAACCCAGGAAUCAUUUGUCACAGUGAUUAUGCAGGAUGAUGAGAUUACACCAGUUGAGAUUGUUGAGCCUGCUGUGCCUACAAAGGCGCAUGCCUAG